AUGUACAGAUCAAUUUCUUUUGUGCCUAGAAGAGCGUCUCUGUAUCUCAGCCCCAGGAUCAUUUAUCAAAGACGAUCGAUACCUUUAUUUCCAGUAGUUUUAAGAAAUUAUUCAAAUACCACUUCUAAUGAAAGUAUACCGAAUGAUGAGCCAUUGGUAACUCCAUUGAAGAUAAUCAAUGGUAAUCCAAAGCUAAAUUUGAAAAUCUCUGAAAGAGCAGCUAGGAGAUUGUCAGAAAUCAAUAAAACUUCAAACGAAGCUUUACAGAUAUCAGUUGAGAGCGGUGGAUGUCAUGGUUUCCAGUACAACUUAAAACUUAUCCCAAAAACUGAGGUAGAGAAUAUAGUACAAUCUUUUGGGAAUACAGAACAGGUUUCAGAUUCCAAACUAGAGAACAGUGAAAUCAAAGAAGGUAUUGAAGACGAGGACGACAAUGAUUUAGAAUUUGAUUCAGAUGAUGUCACUGACAAUAAAAUGAUUGUGUUUAUAAUACCUGAGAAUGAUACUAAAAUAUUAAUUGAUGAAAAAUCUUUGACCAUUUUAAACAAUACUUAUCUUACAUAUACCAAAGAAUUAAUUGGGUCAUCAUUUAAAAUAUUGGGCGGAAGUCUAAAAAGUUCAUGUGGGUGCGGCAGUAGUUUCGACAUCGACCAUUAA